AUGGACGCUCACCAGUGCCAUCCCAGUGCUCAUAUAGCAGAAGGACUGGAGUCUAAAGGAGCUUUCCAGUGCCUAUGGGACAGUCACGUCUUGGCUCUACAUCAGGUCAGCUUGGAAGCAUACAGCACAAAACUUCAAGGACUUCUGGGCUGUGUCACAACAUGCUCAUUGCAAGAGCAAGGUUCUCAUUUGCAGAUGCUGCAGUUCCAGUUUGUUGUGGUGCAUUUGGCCCUUGUGAUUACCCUACUGCAGUGGCACUCUAGCUCAGUGCUCCUUGUGGAGGCAGCUCUGGAGCCUUUGGAACCUUCUACUGCUCUGGACAUGGGAGCACAUCCCAGUGCCAGUGAAGAGAAGUCAGCCACCAACCUGGCAGCCAAACUGUUCCUUCUUGAUGAGCUGGUGUCUAUGGAGAAUGAGGUGACCGAGACCAAGAAGAAAAGAAGUUUCCCAGGAUUUGGUUCCCCAAUUGACAGAAUUUCUUCAACUUCUAUGGAUGGUAAAGGCAAGCAGAGGAAAGUGGUUGAGCUGCCUAAGAGACGGUUUGGAGUUCCUCUUGACCGGAUUGGAGUGAGCCGUCUUGGCAACACCAAGGGUUAGCAGUUCCUGCAAGUGCUUCUGUUCUGAAUGAUUGAUGCUGUAUUGGAAACAUUGCAGAAAUACAGAAGAUGCAUCACAGAAUGUCUUGUCAUUGACUAAUGAUACAACACUCAAGGAAUUGAUCUCCUGCAAAUCUGUUUCACGUUGCAUUUUACUAAUGUUGCAUUUACAAAUAAUAACAAAUUCAAUUCAUCAGGUCGGAAUGCUCUCACAGUUGUGCACGGUGUCACUGAUAUGAGGGAACAGAAAAUAUGUAUAUAGUUUAAUUGCAUGGCAUUUAUUUCUUAAACUUGCUUUAUCCUAGCAAGGACUGUUGGAUUUUUUUGGAUUGAAAAUAAAACUUCCAGAGAUGCCAACAGCAGUUCAUGAAAAGCAGACAGUUUGCUUUGCACGUUUCUUUCAAGAGGGUGUUUGUUUGGUAGAUGAAGGGAGGAUUUAACAGUUACGGGACAAACCUAGAAUUUAUUUGAGCUGUUGUUCAGGAGAAGAUGUCUGCUGACUUCACUAGGAGUUAGUCUGAACGACAACAGUGACAAUACUUUAGUAUUCAUCCUGAUGUUUUUAAUAGUCUUUCUCUUAUCUCUGUACCAUAUAUAGACAUGUUUUCAUCAUAUGGCAGAUCCUGAAAUGUGGCGAGACUUCUAGUUUCCUCCUCUAAGCUGAUGAAUGCAUUUCACUCAUCCCUAUGCAUAACAUAGGAUAGCAUCCAAAUAUGAAGUCAUCUACUUCCAAGGCCAUCUGCAUCAUAUGCCUUAUUUUAGCCUCUUGAUGUGUGCAUGGGGCAUGACCAGACAUCCAGCUCUAAAAGUUCAAGUAUUUCUCACUCUGGUAAAAUGUAAACAUGUCCUCUCCACUUCAUUUCAAAGUAAAACAGGCUAUCUUAAAUCCAGUUUCAUGAUUUUAACUUCUUUCCAGAUUAUAAAAUAUAGCUGAAAAGAGAUGUUUGCUGACAUCCCAAUGCUCAGAUUCCUUGCUGAUGUUUUCUAAACCUCACGUGCUCCUUCUUGGGCUUUGGUCCAUGUCGAGCUAAAUUCCUUGCAUUUUAUUCUUGGGUAUAAAUCAUCCUUAGCAUUGCAAAAGAAGAUCCAUUGAGAAAGGGAUUAUGACUGUGGACUAAAUCCUAUUCUAGGACUAAGAAAGAAAAGUAAUUCUUGCACACACCCUGUGUUAGGCAGAGAGUAAGGCUGGAGAUAGGAAUUAAGUGUUAAUUUCCUAAUGUUGUAUGAGGCACAAAGCACCUGACCAUCAGCUAGCAAAAUGGGGAAAAAUACAGUCAGCUUCUCAGUCAGCUACAGGAAAGGAGUUGGGAAGACAAUGAGUCUCUGAAACUAUAGCUGUUGUGAGGAUUUGGACUUCAGGGCAAUUGUGGGAGAUGAGGCUCCCGUUCAGAAGGGCAGGUAGCAUCCAGUUCAUGUCUGAGAGGGGACAGUGCUCAGCCAUAGCAUCUGGCUUACAGCCCUACCCUGAAACCAGGAUUGGCCCAGCCGCAGAAUGUUUGGAAGGAACUUUGCUUUUCUUGACAUCUUCAGUAUAAGCUAAUGCUGCUCAUAGCAGCUGCAUAAACCAUUGAAUCACAUCAAGAGGUGCCCCCAUCUUUCCCAUCAAGCAGUCUUUAGCUGAGUUAGGUGAUCAUUCCUCCUUUGGUGGGUGAGUUGCCGGUACCUGUGAAGCACUGCAAGAUGCUUUCCAGACCAAGCUCUUGAAAGUCAUUGAAAUAAAGAAGGGGUUUAAAUCCAUAUGUGGUGAUCUUAGGGUUUUGCUCUGUGCUUUUCCCCUAGUCCCGCUGCCUUUGAGCUUGCAGGUGAAGGAUCUGGGAGCUGGAUUGAGUGGAUGCAUAUAGACUGGCAGAUUUGAGAGAAGAUUUACUGUCCAUGCUAGAAACAAGACUGCAAAUGCUGUCCCAGACAAGCCCAGACCCCGUCCUCUGCAGUGCGCUGCCACCACCUAUGCUGAGCUCACUCUGCGGUUUAGUAAACAGUUAUCUUCCUGCACAGAGCUCACCCAGACAGUCUGCAGAUAAUCUGCUUGCAAGGUAGCCAUAUGUAUGGGGGGCAUGGGCAGAUUAUGGAAGUGAUGACCUGGCCACUCGUACAGCUGUCUGUCAAAAGCAGCAUGGACAGAGUCAUUGUGUGACACGUUUUGAGAGACUCAGAUGAGAGCAAUCCAGCGCUAACACAGCGGCUUUGUGAAGAGACUGCUGGAUUGUAAAAGUAUUUAACAGUUGUCAGGUAUUAGCCCAGGGUUUCUAAAUAAAGAGGGUUUAUAAAGCCUGCCAGUUGUGUGCAGAAAUACCUUCCAUCUGAAGCGUGAUGGGAGAGCAAAGCAGGACAGAGGUGUCUGUGGUGGUGUUGCUUGGAAGCUUCAGCCCUGCUCUUGGCUCCCACCUCACUGCACGGUUUAGUUGGGAGAAAGAAACAGCCUUUCUGUUCCUCGGCCUCAUCCACCACAGAACAUACUGAGACGUCCUCUGGCUCAAAAAGCACUCUUUCAAAUCCAUAAAUUGGCAGGUGCUGUUUAAAAUAUGAUGAUGUCUGAGAGGCUGAACACCACAGUUUGUUUUCUUAGACAAUAUUGGACAGCCUUCAGUCAUUGUGCGUAGCAUGGAGGUCAACAAAUGUGAAAUAAGGAUAUACUCCAGCACCUGUUGCACGCCAGAUUUGCCCUGUGCUGCCUG